AUGCAGACUGAACUCGCUCACCUCUUGCACUCGACACCCUCAAAAAUACAAGUGCUUAUUGAUGGGCUGCCGGGCGACCAAGUUAACGUCGCGUACAUGAGACGCAUGAAAGAAAACCUGGCACUAGCUAAGAAGAAACCUUAUGAUUGGAUUGUGAUUAUGGGGGGGACAAAUGAUUUGGGUUGGGGCCAACAAGCCGAUGUGAUCUUCGACAAUCUUAAGUCUAUUUGGAGUACAGCACUUGAGAGUGGGGCAAGUAUACUUGCUCUCAAUAUCAUUGAGACUGCCCGCGCAAGCGACAGAAUGGUUGCGAAGAGACGUGAACUCAACGAACAUAUUCUCAACCACCAAGCGAACCGAUUCUACGCCUUCGAUCUCUGGAGUGUGAUCAGGUACACAGGUGUGGAUAAGGAAACCCGUGCUCGCAUCUGGGAUGAUGGCCUCCACCUCACGGAAGAAGGCUACAACAUAAUGGGCAAGGCAGUCGCCGCUCGACUUUUUGAAAUCAUACAAGGUCUCUCGUCCGGCGACCCUAGUCCGGCGCAGGUUGGGCAACAAAUGACAAGCGAAAAGUGA